UACUAUUAUGUAUUCAAAUGUAUUUAGAAUGUUAUAGUCAUGUAAUAGAAUAAAUUUUCAAUCCAACAAUGACUCAGACCGUUGACCUUGCUCUUGUUUAUUGCACAGAAGGUAUCGAAGAAAAAGUGCAUCAAAACAAUUUGUUGAUCAAGAGCAUGAGUUGAAACUUGCUAAUGUUAAAACACAUAUUUUGGAAAGUCAGUUAUUGGCAGCUGAGGCUUCAAAAUGUAAUUACAGAGAGAACACACAAAUUCUUCUUCAUGAAAAUGAAAACUUACAUCAAAGUGUUAAAGAAACAGAACAAGAUGCUAUGGCUUAUAUAACUUUUCUCAAGAACGAAGUUGCACAAAAGGACAUGCAGAUUCACAAGUUAUUGAAUGAAGUCGAAGAACUAAAAACAAGUAAUCUAAAAGAAAAGCAUGAUUUAUCAUCUGAAAGUACAUUAGAAAUAGAAAGAAUUCAAAAGUUGUUGACGCAAAAAGAAAACGAGAUAAAAUUAAUGAAAACUGAAUUGAGGUUGGUAAAAGAAUUUCAGAUUCAAAGAGUAUUUUUGGAGGCAGAAUUACAUGAUAUAAAGGAGAAGUACCUGUCAAGUGAAAAGAAGUGGGAGCUUAAGUUAAGCAGAAUGAAAGAAAAGUUUUUUGAAGAAAAGAUUUGGUUAAAGCAUGAUGCUGAAAUCAAGUUGACAGAAUUAACAGAGAAAGUUCAUGCGGAAGCAAUAAAUAACAUUGAUGAGACAACAAAAUCUAUUUACAAAAAGAAUUUUGAGUUAGUUAAAUCAUUAGAGUACUAUAUUAAAAUGUCAGAAUCGCUGUCACAGUCAACAACUGUAUUGGCUAAUGAGAAAAAAAAACUGUUAAAUGAACGAGAAACUAACAAUUUAAUGGUUGAGGAAAAGAUUAACCAAGCUAAUUGUUUGCGCAAGAUUAUUAAACAACUUGAAGUCAAAUUUUACAGACUUGAGAAAGAACUUUCACAAGUUCUUUCUAAUAAUAAGCUGAAAAAUUCUUUCAUGAUGAAAAAGCAUAAUGAAGAACAAGAGUCCGAUAAAUUUGAAGUUAUGCGCCUGCAUGGUAUUAUUCAGAUGAAAAACAAAGAACUUAAAAGCAUGAAAAUACUGUCUAAAAAGAUAGUUGAUGAGCGAUCAGAAAUAGAGAAAUUUUUAAUUGAAUCAUUGGAAUAUGUCAAAAAUGAAAUUAUCAAGAACAGAUCACGGUUUAAGCGAGAUGCUGAAAUGGUUUAUAAUAAGCAGAUGCGUUCAGCUCACGCAAACCUUGUCGAUUUUCCAAAAAUAUGUAAUUUUAAACAUUCCAAAUUUAGCACGAACAAUAUAUUUUGUUAUUUAAAGGAUGCUGAUAGUUGGCAUGGUGUUAGUGACAAAGUUGAUAUAUCUUGUCUCACUUGGGAGCAAAGGGAGAAAGUAUUGAGGCUAUUGUUUGCUAAAAUAAAUGGUUUAUCUUUUAGCAACGAAGAAGCUUUUGUGAAGGCUAAAGAAUCUCUUCCUUCAAUUCCUUUGGUUAAAAAUACGACAGAAAAUAAAAUUGCACACAACUCCGGCACAAAAACAUUUUUAACGGAAGCGGACGAAUUACCGGAAGUUUUCAAUUGAAAAAAAAAGAUGAAUGUAUAUACUAAAAUUUCAAUCUUAUUAGUUAGUUUUGUAGUUUACUGUUAAUUAAUCAAUAUUGCGUUUUCAAUACACGUCCUCUGACAAUGCUUAAAAGUAGAAGUUGUUAUGACAAAUAUAUUAAAGUACUUGUAAA